CCUCCUUUCCUCUUCCUCCCUCCCCUCCUUCAUUCCACCCACUCGAGACUCUUUUGGUGUUUACUCCCCCCCACCAGGUGAACGUGCUGAUUAAUUUCUCUUCGUGCCAAUACAUCGCCUUGUCACCUUCGCUUAUACAAUAAGAACAUUCCGUUCGUGGAAUCAUCAGAACAACAACCAUGGCCUCGACCAACUACAAGGAAGCAUUCUCGCUGUUCGACAAGCGCGGUACCGGCAAGGUCGCCAUCGAGUCGCUGGGUGAUCUCCUCCGCGCCUGCGGGCAGAACCCCACGUUGGCGGAAAUCGCGGAUCUGGAGAAGAGCGUGGGCGGAGACUUUGAUUUCGAGUCGUUCUUGAAGGUUCUCAACCGCCCGGGAGGAUUCCGCGAUCCUGGCGAGCCCGAGGAAUACACCCGUGGAUUCCAAGUGUUUGAUAAGGACUUGACUGGGUUUAUUGGGGUCGGCCAACUGCGCUACAUUCUCACGAACCUGGGCGAGAAGAUGUCCGACGAGGAAGUCGAUGAGUUGCUGAAGGCCGUUGACACUAGCUCCGGCGAGAUCAACUAUACCGAUCUCGUCCGCACCAUCCUUGCCAACUAAACGACAUACGAUACCCUUUCCCCUGACGCUUCGUGACGAAAUGCCUCUUUUCUUCUUCCCUGUGCGAUCCCUGUUGCCGGAGUUGUCGGCUUGAGCUUAGAUUAGUUCAUCUGUUAUAAAGUUAAUUCCGCUUGUAGUGUAUAUGGAGCUGGCGUAUGCCAUUCAGCAAAUUUGGAAAUGAAAGACAAAACCCUGA